AUGUUAAAUAUUUUCAGAACAGUAAUUAACAAAUUAGACUCUCUAACUCAUGAUUAUCGAAUAAUGGAUGUUGAAUUGUUGGCUGGUGAUGCUGAUUAUGCAACUGAAGUGACAGAAAAUGGAAUUCGUUACAAGCUUGAUUAUUCUAAGGUAUUUUGGAAUAGUAGACUAAUCACAGUCCAUUCAAAAACAGUCGAACAAUUUGAUCAAAAUUCAGUUGUUUUUGAUGUUUUUUGUGGAAUUGGCCCUUUCAUUUUGCCUGCUGUAAAAAUCAAAAAUGUUAUAAAAGCUUAUGGAAAUGAUUUAAACCCUUCUGCAAUUGAUUUUUUGAAACAAAAUGCUAAAUUGAAUAAGAUUUCUGAAGACAAAAUUGAAGGAUUUGUUUUCACUGGAGCUGAAUUUAUUAAAAAAAUAAUUCCAGAAAAAAUUUAUUUUCAUUGUAAAGAAUUGGAAAAAGAAGAAAAAUUGACAAAAUUUGUAUUUCAUGUUGUGAUGAAUUUACCUGGAUAUUCUGCUGAACAUUUGCCCUAUUUUUGUGGGUUUCUUUCAAAAUUUGAGGAAAUUAGACCCCUAUUCGAAAAUAAUUUAUUUUCAAUUUUGGUUCAUUGCCAUUUCUUUGUGAAAGGGCACGAUGACGUUCCGAUGAGUUGGUAUGAUAAAGAAGCAAAAAGGAUUGUUUGUGAAAAGAUGGGGAUGGAAGAUGUGGAAAUUAAGGAAUUAUUCUUCAACCGAAAAGUUUCUACAAGAAAAAACAUGUAUUGUGCAAGAAUAAUUCUUCCGUGUAAAUAUAUUUUUGAUAAAAAUAAACAAAUGGGAAAAGAAAUAGAAGAAAAUUUUGUAGAAAAUGAAAUAAAAAAUGAAGAUGAAUUAAAAAUUAAAAGAAGAAAAAUUGUUUAA